AUGUCUCAAGGGCUCAUUGUCCGCAGCAACCAGGCUUUCAUAACAUCUGCACUGUACAAUGUUCUACCGCGGGGAGCGUCGAAGGGUUGGGAGCCGCAGGUUCGAAUUUUUGAAGGCUCCACACGAGUUUGCGAACUGAUGAGUAAAACUGAUGAUUUGCCAUGGUAUCGGAUCGUUUUUGAAUGGGUUGACGAUGGAGACGUGGCCACAGCAACCGAUAAGCGAUUUUUUACUCAGACAGUCAUAAUGAAGGGCACUCGGGACCUCAAUAGAACGAUUCAAAGUAGUGGUGAGUUUUACGAAGUUCUUGUACAGUGUGAAAAUAAUACUCUAGUAGCUCUGGAGCUGCGAAUAACCGAUCCGCAGGAGGAUCAAAAUUUCCGAGAUCUUCUCUUCCGUAUUCGCGAAGAAUAUGAAAUGAUAGAUGAAAUGUUGGGCGACACCGACUCCUCAAAUGAAUAUGGGGAGUUUGUUGGGAACUAG